AUGUCCUCGUGCUGCUCAGCUAAAGAAAAGUCUGAUUGCUUACAUGGUCACGAGGGGACGCAACAUGCACCCUUCGGUGCAUCACUGCCUUCGUCACAGCUAGCGCUUGCUUUUCAAGAAGUGCUGGAGCUAAAAGCAAAGGCUCGUUUGAAGGCAAAAUUGAAAAGCGAUAAAGAACUUGGUCUGAUUCGUCGCGACGGUGAACGUCACUCAGUGCCACGUACAUCGAAAGGAACAUCACGUUUCCCACGUCAUCUUUCACUUGAAAUCACCCAAGGAGACGUUCGUGUAUGUAUUUUUUUUUUCUUGCAUUAA